AUGACAAAACGCAAAGUCGCUGUUGACGACGACGACGACGAGGCUCUAAAUGCUUUAUCUCAACAGUCCAAGCGUGCCAGAACUUUCGAUAGCGAUGAUGAGGUCGUUGUUGACCGGUCGCGACACCGUGAUAGGAAGUCUGGCAAUGGCAAUGGUAAGGCGCGUCAGGAGAAUAGCGACGACGAAGAAGACGAAGAAGAUCUAACCCAGGAGGAGCACAACGAGGAAGAGGAACAACGCUUCGAGGAACUCAAUGGCGAGGCCAUUCGCCAGCGCCUCGAGCAGAAGCGCAAUACCUUUGGUGGUAUUGCAGAGCAUGGAAUAAUUGAGUCCAUUGAGAUGCACCAUUUCAUGUGCCACAAACGACUUACUUUCACGUUCGGACCUCAGAUCAAUUUCAUUAUUGGUGAGUGUCACUUCGAGUGUGGAAAGAGUGCCGUCCUGUCUGCGAUCACCAUUGCACUUGGAGGAAAAGCAAACUCGACAGGACGCGGCAGCGGCCUGAAAUCUUUCAUUCGUGAGGGCCAACACUUUCGGCCAUCUUUCUUCCUGCGAGGUACCCAGCUAUCGCAGCUUUCUGAGGAAUAUGACGCUUGCCUUGAUAAUAUCAACCAGACCAAGAAGGUGUUGCACCAGAAAAAGCAAGUUCUCCCUGACCUACGCGCUGCAUUCAAGGAGGCUAGCGUGCGCUUUGAAGAAGCAAGCAAAGCAAGAGAGCAGCGCUGCAAGGUUGAUGAGCUCAAGAAGGAGCUUGCCUGGGCUCACGUCGCAGCGAAGCAAGCGGAAAUGGAGGCAAAGCUUGAGGAAGUUGCGAAGGCGGAACGCCGCUUGCCUAAGAUCGAGGCUGAGAUGAAGACAGCCGAGUCCCAAUUCCAGCUUGCCUCCGAUGCUGUAGAACAAUUCGAUAAGGAGUAUUCCGCACUUGGCGAUAUUGAUCACCUCACCAAGCAGCGCGACGAUCUACAGGAGAAAAUGCGCAGCAACCGGAAACAAAUGAACACUUCUCUCAACUCUCUCAACGAUGCCAUCAAUAACUACACGAAAAAUAUUGCUGAAGAAGAGCAUCGUCUCGCUGCAGACACACAGGUAAAACGAGACGAGCUUAACCGAAAACUAGAGUCCGCCAGAACAGAUGUCACGAACGCCGAUCAAGCGCACAAGGGCUUCCUUGAAGCCAAGCGUCAAAAAUUGGCUGAGCAGGACAGCAUCAAGCACAAAGGGCUCGCCGCCGAAGCCAAGAAGAACAGCGCACAGGAGCGUGUUGUUACGGCUCAGAGUAUGAUUUCUCAGUGCAAGGAGAAAGGACAGAAUGCACUUGCUCCGUACGGCCGAGACAUCAAAGGUGUCCUCGACCAGAUUGCGAAGAUGAGGUGGCAUGGGGACGUGCCUGUUGGUCCGCUUGGGAUACAUGUCAAACUGAAGGACGUGGCGUGGGCAGAUUUGAUGAGAAUUCAGCUCGGAGGCCUGAUGAGUGCGUUUGCGGUCACUGAUGCCAGGGACAGACCACAACUCAAGAGGUUACUUGACCAGACGAAGAACUUUCAUAUUAAUAUUAUCAUAUCCGAGCGUGACAUGUUUGACUUCAGUGCAGGGGAGCCACCCGAUCACAUUCCCACUGUUCUUCGUGUCCUGGAGAUCACAGACCCUUACGUCCUCCGGCUGUUAAUCAACCAAGCAAAUAUUGAGCGUACGGUCGUUGCACCCAAGCGUCUUGAUGCUGACAACAUCCUGAAACGCAUGAAUGGAGGAGGCGUCGCGUGGGCAGCCGAUUACAUGCGUGUCCAUCGAUAUGCCGAGGGAGGUGGUCAGUCGAUCAAAUUGCAAAGGCUUCCUCCAAAUGACCCCCGCAACAUGAUGUUCACAUCAAGUGACUCUGCCUCUGUGCUUAGCACUUGGCAAGAGAACUUGCAGAAUGCAGAGGGCGAAUGUAAGGCUGCACAAGAAGAGGCUACUCAGCUCAGACAGCAGUUUCAAGCCCUGGCACGCGAAAUCAAUGGGAUGAAUGCGCAAGAACGCUCUUUAUUCGAAACUCACCGUGCUGCGAAACAAGAGCUUGCUUCGCUUCAAGAGGAGGCAAAAGAAGAGAUGCCGGCUGAUAUCAUGGGAUUGCAAAGCGCGAAAGAUGAAGCCGAAGCGGAAAAGACCUCGAUCAUGCAACAAUUCGAGGAUGCUGUCGGUAGGAGAACCGCUAUCGAUCAAGAACAGGCUACUUUACUUGUGGAGUUGAACAAAAUCAAAGGCCAGAUUCAUAACUUUGAAGAAGCACGUCAGGGAGUUCAGGUAAGUGUUACUUCCACUCGUCUUGAAGCCCAAAGCAACAAAAAUCACUACACAAAGAAGCUCGAGGACGAAACUAAAAAGGUUGAAGCUAUUAAUGCCAUUGCGAAACAGCUACAGGAAGAGUUCAUAAACUGGACCUCGAGUGCUGAGGAGUACUGCGAACGGGUUGAAAAUCCCCGCAAAGUCGAUGUAGUGGAGCGCACUCUUGAAUCCGUUCAGAAAGCACUCAAAGAACGGGAGCGCAGGCAUGGCGCAACGGUCGAGGAAAUGACGAUUGAAGUGAACAAUGCGAAAGCUGUCCUAGACAGCGUAGAAAAGGAACUAAGAAGUCUCGCUGCGCUGAAUAAUGCUCUGAAGAGGUCGCUUGUUAUUCGCUUAACCCGCUGGCAAGAGUUCCGGCGUCACAUUGCUUUACGAUGCAAGGUUGUAUUCCAGUACCAUCUUUCCAAUCGUGGGUACUUUGGAAAGAUUCUGUUUGACCAUGCCAACCAAACGCUCCAGCUGAAGGUUCAAACCGAUGAUCAGAUGGCUACGCAAGGGAGGGACAAAGAUCCCCGGUCACUGAGUGGCGGGGAGAAAUCAUUCUCGACGAUCUGUUUAUUACUCUCACUUUGGGAUGCGAUCGGCUGCCCUCUUCGCUGCCUAGAUGAGUUCGACGUUUUCAUGGAUGCUGUCAAUCGCCGCAUCAGUAUGAAGAUGAUGAUCGACACCGCCAAUGCUUCGGACAAGAAACAGUAUAUCCUGAUCACGCCCCAAGAUAUGGGCAACAUCCACGUCGGCCAGACAGUCCGUGUCCAUCGGAUGAGCGAUCCUGAGCGCGGGCAGGGCAUUCUGGCAUUUACUUAA